CAGGACGCGGUACCCCUCCAUGGCGGCACCGCGCCCGGCAACCGCCGCUUCCCGUUCCGGGCCGGCCCUAAAAUGGCGGCGGCCGGCGAGGAGGAGGAGGAGGAGGGCUGGGCGCUGCCUGCCGAGGUGGAGGUGCUGGAGUCCAUCUACCUGGAGGAGCUGCGGGUGCGGCGGGGCUGUGGCAGGUCGGAGCCCUGGGAGGUGAGCAUCACCCUGCACCCCGCCACAGCACAGGACCAGGACUCGCAGUUCGUGUGCUGCACGCUGCUGCUGGCCGUGCCCCCACAGUAUCCCAACGCGGCUCCGGACAUCGCCAUCAGGAACCCGCGGGGGCUGUCGGAUGAGCAAAUCCAGAAGAUUCUGCAGACCCUCAGGAAUAUUGCUGAAGCCAGGCUGGGGACAGAGGUGCUGUAUGAGCUGAUCGAGAAGGGGAAGGAGAUUCUCACUGACAACAACAUUCCUCACGGCCAGUGUGUGAUCUGCCUCUAUGGAUUCCAGGAGAGGGAAGCCUUCACAAAGACCCAGUGCUACCACUACUUCCACUCCCACUGCCUGGCCCGCUAUGCCCAGCACAUGGAGGAGGAGAUCCUUACGCAGCAGGAAGAGAGAGAGCAGCACCUGGCUCCUUCUCCCAAACAGGACGCCGGCGUGCAGUGCCCUGUCUGCAGGGAAACCCUGGUCUACGACCUCUGUGCCCUGAAGGCAGCGCCGCCCCCGCAGCACACGCUGGAGCCAUACAGGCCGGAUGCCAAGACGCUGCAGCACCAAGAAGAACUGCGCUUAAUUUUCAAGAGGCAGCAAGAGAAAGGGGGCAUCAUCGACCCCGAAGCAGAGAGGAACCGCUACUUCAUCAGCCUCCAGGCGCCUCCAGCUACCGCUGAUCCAGGCCAGGCAGCCGCUGCCUCCGAGCUGGUGAGCGCGAGCGCCGUGGACGCGCCCCAGGCACCCUGCCAAGCCUUGGCCCCAGAGCCAGCCAGGGCAGCGCCUGCGCAGCCUGAAAGGCCUGCGGUGCCCGGGGAGCCCCAGAGCAGGAGGGAAAGGCACAGAGGGGAGAGGCCAGGCCCCAAAGGCCCGGGCAGGCAGACGUGCAGCGGGUCCCAGGAGGCAGCUGAGGAAGCCUGUCAGCAGCUCCACGGCUCCAGAGCACCCAGGGGCUUCAGUCGGAGACCUGAGAGGAGGCCGGGCGGGAGGCACAGCCAGGAGGCUCCGAAACAUCCCAACAGAAGCAGGGCCGCUGCCUUGGCCGAGAGAAAGGAGCUGUGCCCUGAAGACCCCUCACCAGAAACGGAGGCGGCGGAUUUGAAGGAGGAGCGGCGCGAUGCGGAGAGAUGGACCCCGGAGCAGGGUGCUGAGACCCAGGGCGGGGAGAAGGAGAACCUGGCCUUCAGCUGCAGCGACCACCGCUGGCAGGGCCACCACCGGCCCUGGGACUGCGGGAGGUGGGAGAGGUCCAGGGCGCAGGAGCGUGGAUCCUACCCCAGAGCGCCGAGAGGCCGAGGGGCGCUCAGGCCCAGCGGGCGCCGAGAAGCCCAGCUCCUGGAGAAGGAGAGCGGCUCCUAGCAGCUGUGCCGAGGGGCUGGGAUGCGGGGAGAGCAGCAGCAAGGAGGCACCGUACAGCUUGGAUGGAAGAGGCAGUUGGCGUGUGGCACGGCUUGGAACAGGAGUCUCCAGGGGUUGUGUGGAGCGAAGCAGCCUGGGGUGAGCAGCUGGCGGGCACCACCCGUGGAGGAGCUGAUUUCUGGUGGGUCGCAGCAGCUGCAGUGUUAGAGGAAGCCUGGAGCAGGGAGCAGCACCCAGCACCCCUUUGUGUGAGCCAGGAGGACAAACAGCGAGCCCCGCGUGGUGCCCCAGAGCCGUGGGGGCAGCUGCUGGACAUCUCCCAGCUCCGGCCAGAACAAAAUUCAGCUCCAACAGGUCCUUCACCAGGUUGGGACUGUCCAGGCAUUGAGGCUUUGCGCUGGCUCCUCUUCCCCCCCCAGGAAGCUUGAAUUUAGCUGCAGCUCCCACCCCGUCCUUCUGCUGCCACUUCAAGAUUUAGACCGCGUCCCCCUGCAGAGACGUGACGAGACCCUGAGCCUCCGAAGCAGGAUGCUGCUAUUAAACCAAUUCCUUUGGCCUUCUCUGGA